GCGCAUUGUGUAUGCGGAAGUGUGAGUCUCGCUGCACUGCGUGUGUUUUCUGAUGUGUUUUGUGAUUGAGAAAUAACUGAUACGGUUGUGAUGACGGCAUUGUGUCUGGAUAAGCUCAGUCGUCUUUAUGAACGCUAUCAGGAGUAUGUCAAGACAAACCCAGCGGCCACGGCUCAACUGGAGGGCGCAGUGCGCACUCUCAGUUACCUGAUCGCAGGUCGAUUCUCAGACUCUCAUGUACUGUCUGAGUUGGUUUACUCCGCAUCAAACCUGCUAGUGCUGCUGAAUGAUGGCAUCUUAAGGAAGAAUCUGUCUCGGACGUUGCCUGGGUCUCUUUCCCAACAGAGGCUGCUAACCUGGUUGUCGGUCCUGGAGUAUGUGGAGGUUUUUACUGAGAUGGCCGCCUCCAAGCUGUGGGGAGAAGCUGGACGUUGGCUUGUCAUUGUUCUCAUUCAGAUUGCUAAAGCAAUCCUGCGCUGUCUCCUGCUUUUCUGGUACAAAUCUGGCAUCCAGACAUCACCACCUAUAACUCCUCUGGACAGGGGUUCACAGCUCUGCAGUGGAGAGAAGAAUACUGAAGAGGAGGAGGACACUGCAUUUGUGGGUCAGCGUUCAGGAAGAGUGAUACGACCUCUGGGAAACACAUCAUCAUUACAGUCUCGACUUUGGGGUCUCCCUCAGAAAAUGUCAAUAAGUAGGAAUCAGGAAGAGGAGCUUCACCCAAGCCACACCCCUCUGGGUCUGCAGGAAACCAUUGCUGAGUCAAUGUACAUAGCACGACCCCUCGUUCAUCUGUCCAGUCUUGGGCUUUUCGGAAAACAUUCCUGGAAACCGUGGAUCGUCUCUGGUCUCCUAGAGAUAACCAGUUUCAGUUUACUGAGUGACAUGAAGACGAUGAACCGCAGGGAGAGAGCUGAGAUGAGGAGGCGGGCUUUCCUUCUCCUGUACUACCUGCUUCGCUCCCCUUUCUAUGACCGAUACUCUGAGGCGAAGAUCCUGUUACUUCUCCGCUUGCUGGCAGAUUAUGUUCCUGGAGUUGGUUUGGUUGCACGUCCACUGAUGGACUACUUGCCCAUUUGGCAGAAGAUCUACUUUUAUAACUGGGGCUGACGUCAAAGUAAAUCAUUUACAGUUCAUGAUCACAGCCAAACUGUUUGUAAGAUGAGUGAAAGACAUUGGCUGGUUGCUACAAUGACACUGGAGGACUCAAAUCACACACGUGUGCCAGGAGAUUACCAUAUUAAUUAAGGGACAGAUGCAGUGCUGCUGAAGUCUAUAAAUGCCAUUUUUUACUAGCACAACCGUAUAAUGAUUUUCUCUUAGUUUUCACAUAGUUUUUUUUAUUCAUCUGAGCCGUUUUCUGCCAUAUUUUUGUGCUGAUUUAAUCUGUAAGCAAAUGACUUUUGAGCCCCAGUGCAAACUCUUGUUAUCCCAUUACAUAUCCCUCAGUCAACAUGAAUGCUGUCUUGCUCAUUUAGAUACUUAGUUUCACUGAACAGAAUAAUUGACUGGCUGAGAUGAAGUCAAUUAGACAGCUGUUUACUUCAGUUUUGUUUCUAUUCGGUUUCACACAACAGUUGGGAUGAAGUUUAAGCUUUUUAGUAAAUACUGUAAAAAUGAAAAGAUUAAGGAACCAUUUGGAGAACAUUUGGGCACCCUUAUUGGUGCUAACUGCAUCUGAGUAAUCUACUCUCUUAAAAAUAUAUAGGUGCUUGACGAUGUCGUAAAAGAGCCAUGCUUAAUGCUUCUAUAAGAACCAUUUAAUAUUUAAAGGAACAGUAUGUAAGAAAUUUAUAUUAAUUAAUCAUUAAAUGGCCCUAAAAUGUCACUAGACAUUAAGAAUUAAUUUUCAUUUCAAAUACUUAUAUCACUCACAACAGCGGUCUGGCCAGGAUAUUGUCAUUUAAAAAGUGGAGUUGCAGCCCUCAACUGAUGUUUAUGUUGUCGUUUGGUAUAUUGGCCACCAGCUGUGUGAUUGCAGUACCAGUUUUAGCCACACGUUUUGUGAUUGCAAUACCAGUUUUGGCCACAAUCCUACAUACUGUUCCUUUAAAGAACCUUUCGGUUUCAAAAAACAGGUCUUUAGAAAAUUAAAAGGUAUGAAAGGUAUGACUGAAUGGCGUUUGAGAAACCAAAAAUGGUUCUUUUAUGGCAUCGCUGUGAAGAAACUUUUAAAGGAAACCACCACUGUUUUUUAAUAUUUUACUAUGUUCUUACCUCAACUUAGAAUAAUUAAUACAUACCUAUCUUUUUUUAAUGUGUGCACUUAAUCUU